GUAGUCAGAGGGUGGGGGUGGGGAGCCCGAGCAUUACAGCACUGAGAGCAUCGAACCGAGACAAACCCAGCAGAGGAACCCCCCCUCAUGUCAGAUGAACAUCGCAGCCUCCCUCCCGCCCCCAUCUGCUCCUCCCAUCUUCAUCGCUACCCCCCAGCCCUCGCUCCUUCCUCCCACGCCUCCCAUGGUCAUUUCUUCUCCAUUAUUCAUUAGUGCACUGUGAAUCCCUCUGCUUACGGCUCACAGCUGCUGCUGCUCCAGCCCAUCUCGCAGCACCCAUUUUCCACUUGCAUCCAGGCACCUUUCCAUCCAUACACGGCGGGCAUGGGGACUUGGAGCUGGCCUCUUCUUGCAGCAAGAAGGGAGAGAGGGCCACCAUCAAGCUACUCUCUAAGCUGCUAAAAAGGAACACAAGGAGACAAGGCAUUGUUUUUUUGGGGGGGGGGGGGUAGGGGGGGCGGCGGCUGAGAGAAUCCUGUUCAACUGCCUCCAUAGUUUUUCCUCAGUGGAUUACAGUUCUGGCUUUGAUAAGGAACGAGAAAACAGGAUCCAAAAUGCCUGAAGCCAAUUACCUGCUGUCGGUGUCUUGGGGUUACAUUAAGUUUAAGAGAAUGUUGAAUCGGGAGUUGACACACCUAUCUGAGAUGAGUCGGUCUGGGAAUCAGGUGUCCGAAUUCAUCUCCAACACUUUCCUAGACAAACAGAAUGAGGUGGAGAUACCAUCACCCACACCCAAGACACGGGAGAAGAAGAAGCAGCACAAGCAGCAGCUGAUGACGCAGAUCAGCGGUGUCAAGAAGAUCUCCCAUGGGCCUUCGCUUUCAAGCAGCAGCAUCUCGCGUUUCGGUGUCAAAACGGAUAAAGAGGAGUUGCUGUCCAAGGAACUGGAGGAUCUGAACAAAUGGGGUCUGAAUAUCUUCACAGUUUCCGAGUACUCAAACAGCCGACCUCUUACCUGCAUCAUGUACGCCAUCUUUCAGGAGCGGGAUCUAUUAAAAACAUUUAAGAUCCCAGUGGACACAUUUGUGGCCUACAUGAUGACACUAGAAGAUCACUACCAUUCCGAUGUGGCCUACCACAACAGCCUGCAUGCAGCUGACGUAGCCCAGUCCACGCACAUCCUUCUCUCUACUCCAGCCCUUGAUGCUGUCUUCACUGAUCUUGAAAUCCUCGCUGCCAUCUUUGCCGCUGCCAUCCAUGAUGUUGACCAUCCUGGAGUAUCAAACCAAUUCCUCAUCAAUACCAAUUCCGAGCUGGCGCUGAUGUACAACGAUGAGUCUGUGCUAGAGAAUCAUCACUUGGCUGUGGGAUUCAAACUCCUGCAGGAAGAAGGAUGUGACAUCUUCCAGAACCUCACAAAAAAGCAGCGACAGUCCCUACGCAAGAUGGUCAUUGACAUGGUUUUAGCAACUGACAUGUCCAAACACAUGAGUCUGUUGGCCGAUCUGAAGACAAUGGUGGAAACCAAGAAAGUGACGAGCUCUGGAGUGCUGUUGCUGGACAAUUACACAGACAGAAUACAGGUGCUGCGAAACAUGGUGCAUUGUGCUGACCUGAGCAACCCCACAAAGUCCCUUGAGCUGUACCGUCAGUGGACUGAUCGGAUAAUGGAGGAAUUCUUCCACCAGGGAGACCGGGAGAGGGAACGAGGGAUGGAGAUCAGUCCGAUGUGCGAUAAACACACAGCUUCAGUGGAAAAAAGUCAGGUGGGUUUCAUUGACUACAUUGUCCACCCUCUGUGGGAAACUUGGGCCGAUCUGGUUCAUCCCGAUGCGCAGGAUAUUCUGGACACACUGGAAGACAACAGGAACUGGUAUCAGAGCAUGAUCCCCCAGAGUCCCUCCCCACCGUUCUAUGAUCAGGGGUCUCAUGGACAUGGGGGAGGCACUGGAGGGCCAAGUGGGGACAAGUUUCAGUUUGAGCUGACCCUGGAGGAGGAGGACUUGGACGGUAUAGAGAAAGAUGGUGAUGUGGAGGAGGAAGAGGAAGUAGAUGAGGAGGCGAUCGAUGAUGAGGAGGACAGCCUUGGAGAUUGUCGUUCUCCUCCUCUGGACUUUCAGGAGCACAACGACGGUGACAUGAUGGAGCCCACGUCGAUGAUCGAGAUCGUGACGCACGAGGCGUCACCCACAGACACAUAGGGAUUUCAUCAGCAGGCUCAAGUGCUGAUUUGAAAGAGUUUUGAGAAAAAGAGGGGAGAUCCUCAUGCAGCUGUGCUUUUUAAUAAGCCCUCAGAAGCAAAGGCUUAGUUUUGGCCCGCACGGAGCCGUCUUGCACUUGGGUGUUUGAAGCCGGGCAUGGACAUACAGUUUCGGAGAAACGGCUUCAGAGUUCUCAGGAAAUAUUUACUGCAAACAUUCGAGUCUUGAUGGUCGCGCAAGAAUGACGGUAGAAAUUGAAGGAUGUAGGCCAGUUUGGGAAAUGUUUCUUUUCUGGACUGGCAGUAAAUAAACAUUGACACUACUGAGAGAAAUUUUGUAACUUAAGACUUUUUUUUCUUUUUUUUUCUUUUCUUUUUUACAGAUAUAAUAUAGAAGUAGCAUAGAAUAAGAUCUACUGAUGGAGACCUGUUUGUAUAGCAAGAGAAAGUGUUUACUUUUUCCUGUACCAUUUAUCAAAGAACUUGGUGUGCCUUUUUUACAAAUGUCUUCUUUUUUUUUUAAUUUAUUGAACACUCUAGUACAGUUUGUCUGUGAAAUGUUUUUCUUAUCUGAGAGAGUAAAACCAUUUUUGUAUGUUAAAAGAGAACAGUCUUCCAUGUAUUGGGCAAUAGAGAAAUAUAAUGGCGACAAACAACCCGUAGAUGAAAUCGUCUUUGUAGGGAAACAUGAAUGCGCACAUUUUGUGAGGAUUGUUCCUACGUCUGAGCACAACAUUGUUUAAACACAGCUACAUUUGUGGUUUGUGUUUUAUGAUGACAUUGUUACAUUCACGUUGUAUGGUUCAAACCAAUACGUGUUUGAAUACAUCUUCAUACUUCUCAAUCUUUUUGUCUUAAAGUACUAAGAAAACAUUGUGGGCUUCCUAACUUUUGAGACCAAAACUGAAAUUUUCAUGCAAAAUGCACAGCGGGCUCAUGUAAUUCCUGCUGGAUGGAAAAUUCAGUCAUUGACUUUGUUUUGCGUUUUUCAUCAUCUUUCCAUAUCAUGACAUUCAAAUGAGAUUAUUUCAACCAUAAUAAACUUGUGGCUCCUGCCACGAGAUGAAAUAACGAACACAAACAAAUAACAACAUCAAGUACCAGUGCUGAGGAGUUUAUAUUUUUACCACCAUUUGUUCAAUGCCAUGAAAGGAACCUCCAGGGCCACUUUCACCUAAUUUACUGGAGGGCGGAUCUCGUGGGUCAAGGAAGAAUCCAAUUUCACACAGUAAAACAAACUACAUCUAAUUCAUAUUUGCCUUUGUGGAGGUCUGCUUCUUUAACGGUCAAAUCAAAGAUGAAGUCCGACAAGGAAAAAAUGCACAUCAGCAGUGAUUCUAUUUUUAACUGGCAGGUAGGCUGCAGUCUUCAUAAUCCUGUUAGUUGGAACUACUCCUGACCCCAAGCCCAUCUGAUGCAAUGCCCUUCUUGCCCCCUAUGCAAUCAGGCCCUGCAGACCACAUGAUUUAAGGUGCUCUUCCAGCUGCCAGUAUGAAAGGCGCCCUCAGAGCCUCAUCAGUGCCACUAUUCACAUGGUUGACAAACCCCUCUCGGCACCAUGGACACAGUCCAGAACAAUCAGGCCAGCUAUUUCUUUCUUGCAAUGAAAAUCCCUCGAGUGCUGCUUCCACCCAAUGACGUCAUAUAAAAAAGAGAGAGGAGGGGAAAAAAGCCCCUUUCCCACAUCAGGUUUCUAGGGCAGUAUGAUUAUUCCAAAUGUACACACAUGCAGAAUAAUUGGUUGGUAUACUUUGGGGAAAGAAGUGAAAUUAGGUACUCCUAUGUUAGAGCAAAC